CAUCUUUUGAAAACAAAUUGAGGUUACCAUUUGGAAUGAGGAGAAGUUUUUAUAAUCGUGAAAUUCGUCAUGUCGGUACUUUCCAGAAUUCAAGGAUUUGCUUCUAGACACAAGAACAAAUUUUUAAUUGGGGGUGCAUUUAUAUCGGGGUCAAUAAUACUUACGAAAUAUGCUCAAUAUAAGUUUAAAGAGUGGCAAGAAAAAGAAACUUCUGAGUUCUUUGAUCGAAAUCGCAAACAAAAUCAUUUUGAAAGUAUUGGAAGAACUACUAAUCAGACGUUGUCUAACUUUUCAGUAGCAUUACUAGACUUAAUUUCAGAAAUAAUUAAUACUGAUGAAGUUAUUGAAAACAUUAAAGCUAACCCAGAUAAGAAAGUAGAAUUAUGGAACAGUUUAAAGCUGUUAGUGUUUACAAAAGUAUCAGUUACAGUAUAUUCCAUUGUGAUGCUUGCUGUAGUUUUAAAUGUACAGUUGACGGUAAUUGGUGGAUACAUGUACAAAGAUCCAAAUUGUGUACCUACAGACAUACAAGAGAAAUAUUUAUCACUGUCAGAAAAAUUUAUAAAUCUUGGUAUACAAAAAUUGGCCGAACUUAUAGAAUAUGAGAUGAAAAAAUUAGUUAGUGGUAUGGAAUUAUCCAAACUGUUGAAGUUGGGUGACAUAGAGAGUUUGUUUUGGUCACUUCAAGUAUCUCUUUCGUCUUUAAAGUAUGGUCCAAUUGAACAAUUUAGAAAAUAUAUUAUUCCAGAAGAAAAUAAUAAAUCUGAUUCUGUAUAUGACAGCAUGGUAAGAGAUACAGCUGAUCUACUUGAAAGCGAAGAAGUAAAAUCACUAGUAACGCAUUGUAUUAACCAAGGUUUCAUAACGUUAGGAGAUCAACUGGCAGAAUUAUAUUCAAAAAGUGACAUGACAACAAAUGGUAGUGGGGAAUCAUUUAUAAAUCCUUUUGAGUUACAGAAACCUUUAGCCAAAUUAAUACCUUUAAUUAAUGGUUUAUUAACAAAACAAUCAUUUCCACAAGUUCUUAUUCAACAACUCAAUACAAAUAAAAAAAUACAAACAUUUAAUGCCAAUAUUUAUGAAAGUUUAUUGUGAUAGUAAUAUGUAUAAUUAAAUUUAUUUUUACUGAAUAUAUUUUUAUGACA